GACGCUUAAUGUCAGUUCCGCAAUUGCACGCUGGCUAGGUGGCAUGGCAGAGCCGACUCCGGCGGGAUGGCCUCCAGCCCCCGAGGUGACUCCCGCGUCGGGGACUCCGAGCGAAACUGCCCCGCCGCGCAACAACUGGGUGUUCUGGGCCAUGAUGCCACCGCCGCCACCUCCUGUGUCGUCCUCGGCGGCGGGGUCCGAGCCGUGCCAGAAGGGACAGCCCCACGUGCAGCCCCAGCCUCCCUCCGGAGCGCUCCCCCCGUGCGAUGCUCAGCUUCUUCCCGCAGCGCAGCCUCCUUUCGAUGCCCAGGCCCCGCCGGAGGUACAACCUCAGUUCAGCGGCCAGCCGGUGUGGAAUUUCCAAGCCUCGGCGCCUUGGUACUGGGGGCUGUCUCCUAAUGGUUACCCCGCGUAUAACACGUCCUACUACUCUUCGGUUACACAUUCUUAUUUUCCGCGAACACACAAUGCACAAUUCAACGACUUCAGUUUGGCUCAAAACAGAAAACAGAAAAAGAAGAAAAGAAAAGAACCGGUUUUCCACUUCUUCUGUGAUACCUGUGACCGUGGCUUUAAAAACCAAGAAAAAUAUGACAUACACAUGUCUGAACAUACAAAAAUGCAUGCUCCUGGUAUGAGGAAGAUCAAGCUAGACACUCCAGAGGAGAUUGCAAGAUGGAGGGAAGAAAGAAGAAAAAACUACCCAACUCUGGCCAACAUCGAAAGGAAGAAAAAGUUGCAGCUGGAAAAGGAGAAGAGAGGAGAGGUGUUGACAACCACACAGUAUGGCAAAAUGAAGGGCAUGUCCAGACAUUCCCACAUGGCCAAGAUGAGAAGUCCCCGUAAGCAUCAUAAAUGGAAACAUGGUGGGGCGAGACAGCAUGCAGGCAUUGGAUCAGGCAUUCACUCCAGAGAUUGGAAGCCUGAAGCUCCACCCGUGGUUCAUGUGGACCCACUCAGUGCUUUGGUGCACAGUGACUCUGAGUCUGAUAAGGAAGAGAAGCCGCAGAGGACUGUGGUUCCCAAGGAGGUGACACCAGCACUGUGUUCGCUGAUGAGCAGCUAUGGCAGUGUUUCUGGGUCAGAGAGUGAACCAGAAGAGGAGCCCAAAUGUGAACAAGGAGGGGACACGCUUCUCGCUCCAGACAUUCGGCAUGAAAGAAAUGUGAUUUUACAGUGUGUUCGGUACAUCAUCAAAAAAGACUUUUUUGGACUCAAUAUUAAUUCUGUGAAAACUGAGGCUGAGUAGAUGCCUUGUGGUUCCGCACAUGGAAGAGAAGCAUGGAAAAGAGUGCCACCCUCCAGUAAGCAGAGCAAACCCACAGCUUUAAAGAUCAGAGCAGUGGUAAAACUGUAAGCCUCAUGGGAUAUCAUGUUGGAUUUUAAGUCUGUCCUUUGGCUUUAUGUAAAUAAAUGCACAGGUGGUCUUUUUUUAA